GUGGGAAUAAAUCCUUAAAUUGUUUGAUCUUCCAUGAAAGCUGUAAGCCACAAUUUAUAUUCUUCAGGCUGUGCUUAUGAGUUGCGUCAUUUGUUAUGUAAUUUAGUAAUUGUUAGUUUACUGAAUCGAGAAUUGGUUUUAUAACAAUUGUUCAACGGAAAACAUGCAAGUCAUCAUAUCGUCACAUUUAAUUUUAUGAUUUCCUUAAUAAAUCUCUGACCUAACGUUCAAAAGCUGGCGAAAUCGCUGUUUUUAAUUUUAUUUCGGGAAUUGAAGCAAUCAAUCAAAUUUAAAAAAAAUAAAUAUUAUGUUAAAGGAAUGGAAAACUCUUCUAGGGGAAGGAUUCAAACUUUGUUAGUAACAGCAUCUAGUUUAACUGGGUUAUCCUAUAUUUUUAUGAUUAAUAAGUCCAUCUUCACCUGGUUUACAGAUAUGUUUCGUUGGUGCCCCACUUCAAAUGAAGCUCUAACCAAUGCAGAAGCAAAACUGCUCUCUCUUAUGAAAAAACCAUAUGAACUCUCUUUUGUGUCAGUGAAGCAUGAAAAUGAAGAUUGUUCCAUAAGAACAAUCACUAUCAAUUCUGAUUUAGAGAAAGAAGUUCCGUUGGUUCUUCUUCAUGGUUUUGCAUCAGGCAUUGGUCUAUGGAUAUUAAAUAUUGAUGAUCUUGCUGAAGGACGCCCAUUAUAUGCAUUAGAUAUUUUGGGAUUUGGCCAUAGUUCUCGUCCUUCAUUUAGUAAGGAUGCUGAAAUUGCUGAAAAUCAACUAAUAGAAAGUAUAGAAAAAUGGAGAGAAAAAAUGGGAUUAUCUCAGUUUAUUCUAUUUGGCCAUAGCAUGGGAGGCUUUCUUGCUGCAUCCUAUGCAAUUAAAUAUCCUGAUCAUGUGAAACAUUUAAUUUUAGCUGAUCCUUGGGGAUUUCCUACUCCUGAUUCAGGAGUAAAAAAAGUGGAGUUUCCAAUGUGGGCUAAAGCUAUUGCAGCUAUGCUCAGGCCCUUUAAUCCUCUUGCUGGAUUAAGAGCAGCUGGACCUUGGGGACCACAACUUGUCAGUCGUUUACGACCUGAUCUCUUACAUAAAUUUAAGAGUUGUGCUGAACCAGAAGAGGUUUCAGAUUAUAUUUAUCAUUGCAAUGCUCAGUAUCCAAGUGGUGAAACUGCUUUUAAAGCUAUGUCUGCUCCAUUUGGAUGGGCUAAACGACCUAUGAUAAAAAGAAUAUCUAUGCUUAGACAAGAUGUUCCCAUCAGUUUUAUUUAUGGCUCACGUUCAUGGAUAGACAGUAAAUCUGGACAUCAUAUUUGCGAUAUUCGUGCUGAUUCCAUUGUGGAAGUGAAAUUAAUUGAAGGUGCCGGACAUCAUUUAUAUGCAGAUAAAUUCCGUGACUUCAAUAAAACGGUUGUUAGUAUAUGUGAAAAAGUCUCUAAAGGUUCAAAAGAAAUCAAAAAUCAUUCACUUUCUGAAAGUGAGACUGUUCCUCAAGUUUGUAUUUAAUAACUUUUCUAUUUUUAUGGCUGUGUAUAUACAUAAAUAUUCUAAUGUAGCAUGUUGCUUAUCAUUUUUGUUACAUGCUUUAUGUAUCUAUAUACACUCUCUGUCUGUGUAAACUAUGUAAUAUUAUUUAAUUAUUUUAUUA